CUUUCUACACGGCGGUACGGAGCGCAGUGACGCCCCCUAUGGGCGGCAGCGGCAUGUGCGCGGCGCAGAUCCGCACGCUGCCCGUUCGGAUCGAGGCUGAUCGCCUUCGCACGGCGGAGCUGCAUUCCUCCCCAUUCAUGCUGAGGACUUCAGGCUCUCCAGUGAAAUGCUGAGCGAAUGACUACGUCCACGGGAAAGGACGCGUCUGCAAGUUUUGUUAUUUCACCAUGGAAAGGAGAGCAAAGCCCGGGCUCCCGUUAUUCCGGCUCUUGGCCAUGCUACUGCUGAUGUUAUAGAUGACAGCUCUACGGCAAGUGAAAAACGGGACGUCUGGUCUAUAAGUGUGUCCCCCCCCCCCAAAUCAUUGACGUGGUGCAGCCAAGCCGGACGAAGGAGCAGGAGGAAGAGCCCACUAUCUAACCUUGGCUGUACAGGGGCAGUGCGUGAAAAUGUGGUCUUGCACGAGACUAAGGAGCAACAUGCUCCUCCUGCUCCUCCAGGGGGUACCACUCAUCUUGGCUGUGGCCCGCAUUACGCCCAUGCCCUUCAAGACCUUUUCCCCGCUGGACGGAGGCCUGACACACAUGGUGAUCCAUAACAAGACAGGCGAGGUGUACGUGGGUGCAGUCAACUGGAUCUUCAAGCUAUCUAGCAACCUGACGAAGCUACGUAGUCAUAUGACCGGCCCGGUGGUGGACAACGAGAAGUGUUACCCGCCACCGAGUGUGCAGUCCUGCCCGUACGAACUGGCACAGACGAUCAACGUGAACAAACUGCUGCUGGUGGAUUACGCUCAAAACCGUCUCAUUGCCUGUGGGAGCACCUCCCAGGGGAUCUGUCAGUUCCUUAGACUGGACGACCUCUUCAAGUUGGGUGAGCCACACCAUCGCAAGGAACACUACCUAUCCAGCGUCAAUGAGUCAGGUACCAUGUCAGGUGUUAUCAUAGAAGGCAUGGACAGCCUCAACAGCAAGCUCUUUGUUGGCACACCUAUUGACGGCAAGUCGGAAUACUUUCCCACAUUAUCUAGCCGCAAGCUGAUGGCCAAUGAGGAGAACGCUGAUAUGUUCAGCUUUGUCUACCAGGAUGAGUUCGUCUCCUCCCAGUUGAAAAUCCCCUCUGAUACGCUGUCAAAAUUUCCAGCAUUUGACAUCUAUUACAUCUACGGAUUCAGUAGCGAGCAGUUUGUCUACUACCUGACUUUGCAGUUGGACACGCAGCUCACCUCACCUGAUGCUAGCGGUGAGCAGUUCUUCACAUCCAAGAUUGUGCGCCUAUGUGUGGAUGACCCUAAGUUCUACUCCUAUGUGGAGUUCCCUAUUGGCUGUACCAAGGACGGUGUGGAGUACCGGCUCAUCCAGGAUGCCUACCUUACUCGGCCUGGUCGGCUGCUCGCUCGCUUUGGAAUCUCUGAGAAGGAGGACAUCCUGUUCACAGUUUUCUCGCAGGGCCAGAAGAAUAGGGCCAAACCACCUAAGGAGUCAGCGCUCUGCCUCUUCACACUACGUCGAAUCAAGGAAAAGAUCAAGGAACGCAUCCAGUCAUGCUACAAGGGUGAAGGCAAGCUGUCUCUGCCAUGGCUGCUAAACAAGGACCUACCUUGUAUUAACUCGCCCCUGCAGAUCGAUGACAAUUUCUGCGGCCAGGACUUCAACCAGCCCCUGGGUGGAACCAGCACCAUUGAGGGCUUGCCGCUGUUUGUGGACAAGGAAGACGGCAUGACCUCAGUAGCUGCCUAUGACUACAGGGGCAAUACAGUGGUUUUCACCGGCACCCGCAGCGGGAGGAUGAAGAAGAUCCUGGUGAACUCUGUGAGCUCCAGCCAGCCGGCACAGCUGUACGAGGACAUGGCGGUCAGCGAGGGCAGCCCCAUCCUCAGAGACCUGCUGUUCAGCCCCGACCAUCAGAACAUCUACACACUCACCGACAAGCAGGUGAGCUGCGUGCCGGUGGAGAGCUGUGAGCAGUACACCAGCUGUGCAGAGUGCCUGGGCUCUCGCGACCCCCACUGCGGCUGGUGUGUCCUUCACAAUGUCUGCUCCCGGAAGGACCGUUGCGAGCGGGCCGAGCAGCCACAGCGCUUCGCCUCGGACCUGCGCCAGUGCGUACAGCUCAGUGUGCAGCCCAGGAACAUCUCCGUCACCAUGUCCGAGGUGCAGCUAGUGCUGCAGGCCCGUAACGUUCCAGACCUGUCAGUGGGAGUGAACUGCUCCUUUGAGGACUACACGGAGACGGAGGGCCGCAUUGAGGCGGGGCACAUUUACUGCCGCUCCCCCUCGGUCCGUGAUGUCAUCCCCAUCACACGUGGUCAGGGGGACAUGCGGGUUAUCAAGCUGUACCUCAAGUCCAAGGAAACAGGCAAGAAAUUUGCCAGUGUCAAUUUUGUCUUUUACAACUGCAGCGUCCAUCAGUCCUGCCUUUCAUGCGUCAACGGCUCUUUCCCCUGCCACUGGUGCAAGUACCGGCACAUGUGCACGCACAACGCCCGGGACUGCUCCUUCCAGGAAGGCCGCGUCAACACGUCUGAGGACUGCCCCCAGAUCCUGCCAUCCACGCAGAUUUACAUCCCAGUAGGGGUGAUGAAACCCAUCACACUGCUGGCUCGCAACCUGCCCCAGCCACAGUCAGGCCAGCGCAACUACGAGUGCAUAUUUCGCGUCCAGGGCGUGUCGCACAGCGUCACAGCUCUGCGCUUCAACAGCACCAGCAUCCAGUGCCAGAAGACUGUGUAUGACUAUGAGGGCAAUGACAUCAGUGACCUGCCAGUUGACCUAUCAGUGGUGUGGAAUGGAAACUUUGCCAUCGACAAUCCAUACAACAUCCAAGCUCACCUGUACAAGUGCUACGCGCUGCGAGACAGCUGCGGCAUGUGCCUGAAGGCCGACCCACGCUUCGAAUGCGGCUGGUGCGUCCAGGAGAAGAAGUGCUCCCUGCGGCAGGAAUGCACGCCGUCGGAGAGCACGUGGAUGCACGCCGCCGCGGGCAACAGCCGUUGUGCACACCCCAAGAUCAUAAAGCUCUUCCCAGAGACUGGCCCGAGGCAGGGGGGCACCAGGCUCACCAUCACCGGCGAGAACCUGGGCCUCCAGUUCCGGGACAUCCAGUCCGGUGUGCGGCUGGGCAAGGUGUUGUGCCACCCCAUAGAGGACGAGUACAUCCGGGCCGAGCAGAUUGUGUGCCAGCUGGCUGAUGCCACAGGUUACCGGGUCCACGAGGCACCGGUGGAGGUGUGCGUGCGAGACUGCCAGCCUGAGUACCGAGCCGUCUCCCCCCGGAGCUUCACCUUUGUGACGCCGUUCUUCUCCCGCGUUCAGCCCUCCCAGGGUCCUCUCUCAGGGGGCACCAGGAUCACCAUCGAAGGGAACCACCUUAACGCUGGCAGUGCUGUGUCCAUUAACAUUGGCCUGAACACCUGCCACUUUGAGAGGAGGAACACCAAAGAGAUUGUGUGUCUGACACCCGCCGGUCAGAGUCCUGGUGGGGCGCCAGUCAUGGUGGACAUCAACUGGGCUGAGCUGCGUAACCCAGAGGUCAAGUUCAACUACACCGAGGACCCGACCAUACUUAAAAUUGACCCGGAUUGGAGCAUCGCCAGUGGAGGCACCCUGCUGACCAUCAGCGGCACAAACCUGGCCACCAUUCGGGAGCCUAAGAUCCGUGCCAAGUUCGGUUCUGCCGAGUCUUUUCACCUCUGCAAGGUCCACAACAACACAGUGAUGGUCUGCCCAGCACCUUCUGUGGCAGCCUCGGAGAAAGGCUUUUCGGAGCUCGGAAGCAGGCCCGACGAGAUCGGCUUCUACAUGGACAACGUGCAGUCGGUGCUGGUGGUCAACGAGACCUUUAGCUACUACCCCGACCCCGUCUUUGAGCCUCUGAGCCCCACUGGUGUCCUGGAGCUCAAACCAAGCUCUCCACUCAUCCUGAAGGGCCGGAACUUGAUUCCCCCGGUGCCUGGGAACUCGCGGCUGAACUACACGGUGCUGAUCGGCGAUACCCCCUGCGUCUUGACUCUGUCCGACACGCAGCUCCUCUGCGAGUGGCCCAACCUCACGGGUCAGCACAAAGUCACAAUUAGAGCGGGAGGGUUCGAGUAUUCGCCCGGCACCUUGCAGAUCUACUCAGACAGCCUGCUGACGCUGCCUGCCAUCAUCGGCAUCGGCGGCGGUGGCGGCCUGCUGCUGCUGAUCAUCAUCGCCGUGCUCAUCGCCUACAAGCGCAAGUCGCGCGACGCCGACCGCACGCUCAAGCGCCUGCAGCUGCAGAUGGACAACCUGGAGUCCCGGGUGGCGCUGGAGUGCAAGGAAGCCUUCGCAGAGCUACAGACUGAUAUCCACGAGCUGACCCAGGAGCUGGAUGGGGCCGGCAUCCCCUUCCUGGACUAUCGCACCUACGCCAUGCGAGUGCUCUUCCCUGGCAUCGAGGACCACCCCGUGCUCAAGGAGAUGGAGGUGCCCGCCAACGUGGAGAAGGCCCUCACCCUGUUCGGGCAGCUCCUCAACAAGAAGCACUUCCUGCUGACCUUCAUCCGCACCCUGGAGGCGCAGCGCUCCUUCUCCAUGCGUGACCGCGGCAACGUGGCCUCGCUGAUCAUGACCGCCCUGCAGGGGGAGAUGGAGUACGCCACGGGCGUCCUCAAGCAGCUGCUCUCCGACCUCAUCGACAAGAACCUGGAGAGCAAGAACCACCCCAAGCUGCUCCUGCGUCGAACUGAGUCGGUGGCUGAGAAGAUGCUGACAAACUGGUUCACUUUCCUGCUCUACAAGUUCUUGAAGGAGUGUGCCGGUGAGCCCCUCUUCAUGUUGUACUGUGCCAUGAAGCAGCAGAUGGAGAAGGGUCCGAUCGAUGCCAUCACUGGCGAGGCGCGCUACUCCCUCAGCGAGGACAAGCUCAUCCGCCAGCAAAUCGAUUACAAAACCCUGACGCUGCAUUGUGUGAACCCAGAGAACGAGAACUCCCCGGAGGUAACGGUGAAGUGCCUCAAUUGUGACACCAUCACUCAGGUCAAGGAGAAGCUGCUGGAUGCCGUGUAUAAGGGCAGCCCCUACUCUCAGAGGCCCAAAGCUGGAGACAUGGACCUGGAGUGGCGCCAAGGCAGGUUGGCCAGGAUCAUCCUUCAGGAUGAAGACGUCACCACCAAGAUUGACAAUGACUGGAAACGGCUCAACACACUGGCGCACUAUCAGGUGACAGACGGCUCCGUUAUCGCCCUGGUGCCGAAGCAGAACUCCGCAUACAACAUCUCCAACUCUUCCACCUUCAGCAAGUCCCUCAGCCGAUAUGAGAGCAUGCUCCGGACAGCCAGCAGCCCCGACAGCCUGCGCUCUCGCACGCCCAUGAUCACGCCAGAUCUGGAGAGCGGCACCAAGCUGUGGCACCUGGUCAAGAACCACGAGCACGGCGACCAGCGGGAGGGUGACCGCGGCAGCAAGAUGGUGUCCGAGAUCUACCUGACCCGCCUGCUGGCCACCAAGGGGACAUUGCAGAAGUUUGUGGAUGACCUCUUCGAGACCAUCUUCAGUACGGCUCACCGCGGCAGCGCCCUACCUCUGGCCAUCAAGUACAUGUUUGAUUUCCUGGAUGAGCAGGCGGACAAGCACCAGAUCUCUGACCCAGAUGUUCGUCAUACCUGGAAGAGCAACUGUCUUCCACUACGCUUCUGGGUGAACGUCAUCAAGAACCCCCAGUUUGUCUUCGACAUCCACAAGAACAGCAUCACGGACGCCUGCCUCUCCGUGGUGGCCCAGACCUUCAUGGAUUCCUGUUCUACCUCGGAGCACAAGCUGGGCAAGGACUCACCCUCCAACAAGCUGCUCUACGCCAAGGACAUCCCCAACUACAAGAACUGGGUGGAAAGGUACUACUCUGACAUCUCUCGGAUGCCAGCGAUCAGCGAUCAGGACAUGAGCGCGUACCUGGCGGAGCAGUCUCGCCUCCACCUCAACCAGUUCAACAGCAUGAGUGCCCUGAACGAGAUCUACUCCUACAUCGUCAAGUAUAAGGACGAGAUAUUGUCGGCACUGCAGAAGGACGAGCAGGCACGCAGGCAGCGGCUGCGCGGAAAGCUGGAGCAGGUCGUCGACACCAUGGCUCAGGCUAGCUGAGGACCACCAUGUCCCUCUCAGAGGACCGGAGGAGAGCUGUGCCGUUCAGGGCAUGUUUAUAUGAAUAAGUAAAUAAAUAAGCCAACAAACUAAAUGGAAGGACUGCAAGCACUGAAGCAGUUGCACUGGUAGACAGUACAGAGCCGGAUGGAUUGGUGCGGCCUGGUGUUAGUUUUUACCUUCCCUCACACCUCUCCAUCGCCCGUAAUGCCUAGACGCCCUUAACCCAAGAAAGAAACUGCAUCCAAGCGAGUUCUGUUGCAGUUUUUUCUUCUCUCUGUUUUCCCUCGUAUUGAAUUGUGUGCCACAGUUUUACGACUGGAAAGCGGCUGGUGAAAGGAAUGACUCUGUGUAUGGUGUGUGGGGACUGAUGGGUGAUUAUGGUCACAUGACCACCUGUCACAGAGAAAAUUCGGACCAGGCUCAGGUCACAUCAAGGACAUUUGGUUGUGACUUUUUUAAUCCGCUCCACUGCCCACUCUGGACUGCUGUCACUUGUGUUACUGCUGAAUUUGCACAAUUUACAGGAACUCAAACAGAAGAAAAAAUAUAGAAAUUAUAUAUAUAUAUAUAUAAAAAUAAAUACAGUUGCAUUUUUAAAGAAAUAUGUGAAAAUAAAGUGGGGAAACUUUGUUUUUUUUUCUGUCUUUUUAAACAUACAGAAAUUAAAAUGACAAAAAAGCCUUUGAUAUUUCAGUGAAAAAAAUGUCCUGUGAGAUGUUUUAUUUAAAUGUCAUUUAGUGCUAAGACCUUUUGUUAGAUAAAGUGUGCUAUAAUUUAAAUGUUAACCUGCUUUGUGACUGAAAAGUCAUUUGGAGGGUAGGGGUGUAUCAAAACCUAAAACAUCAUUAGCAGGGGAAGUUUCGCCAUGUCUGCUUACGGGGGGGUGGGGGGUUGGUGCAAACACACAUGUAGGUUUCAGUGGUAUGUACUAUGGAAACAAGUACUGUUUAGAUUUGAUUUGCAGAUGUUCUUAUCUUAAGUGAAAUUGUGGUUUUUCGAUGUGAGAACAAAACCCUUGUUUGGGCUGUGACUCCCACGCAGGACAGCCUCUGUGCUUCGAAGGAAGGCUCGUCUCGCCACAUAUUAGAGGGCGAGUCAGGCCUGGGGGGACCGGGCUCGUUUGCGCUGUACAAUCCCGCUGUGAAUCCCUUGUUCACAGCAGUAAUUGUUUGAUGAAGUACGUUGUAUUACUUGAAGAAAGACACCUCUUCUCCCAUUUGUUGGACCUGGAUUCCAAGAGCUAUCCGUGGUUAUUGGCAGUGAGGAUGCAGUACCUGGGAUGAAAAGCCUGAAUCCCUGCCCUGAAAACCAACACACAGGUCUCCUGUUGGAUUUCCAAAUCAGUCCCCACUGUCAGAGCCAUUCCGGGGACCGUGUCCUGUACCGCCCCCCCCACCAGCCGGUCUCUGCCAUCUCAACCUCUGAAUGUAUGACGCAGGAUGGAAGGCGAUGUUGAGUCCCGGCAGAUUCAGCGGCGAGGAAGCGAGGCGACCCAGUGGUGCCGUAGACAGGCACUCUGAGCGACCCGGAUAAAGCAGAGCAACAUAGAGUUUGGAGCCGAGCUGUGAACCCAGUGAUCUGAAGUGGUCUUUGGUGGGGGGGGGGGGGCGGACCAAGGCUGUUUCUUAGCUAAAUAGCACCCUUUACCCCUUGUUCCAGCACAAAAAAACAGCACAGUUGACACCAUUAAGGUUUUGAUUGUUUCUCUUUGUAUUUAAUUUCCUUAUUUUAUAAUAGACGUUUGAAGUCCGACUUGUGCUGAAAAUGUAAAUUGUCCUUGUUUGCUCGAACCAAACUGUGGUCUGUAAUGUAUUUGCUAUAUUUUUUCCCCAUCAAAAGCGAAAUCCUCUCCCCUUCCAGUUUAUUUAUUUAAUUUUCUUUCCUUGUGUUUUAGUUUUAUGGUAGUUUCCCUCCAGUAAGUGUUCUUAGUCGGUAGCAGUGUGUUGCUGGUUGAACAUCCAUCCGUAUUGCGUUUGUGUUCCGUUGUUAUUUUAUGAGGUUCAGGCAAAAAAAUAAUGAAUCUGAUGAAAGUUUUAAAAAGGCAACUUUGUCUUGAGUACCAAGAUGGUGAAUUGCUGCUGCUUAACCCUGCUUUUUGGAGUACAUGAAGGUUCUGUCUUUGCUAUUUGAUAAAUUUCUGAAAUUCUCUCCCGUGUAAACUGUGUGAAAGGUUCCUUUAAAAACAACACCGUAAACUAACAGAGAGGAAUAUAUCUGGCCUGCUCAGAUGGUUAGGUCACUUUUUUUGAGGAUUUUAUUUUUCACAAACAACUGGGAAAAAUUUAGGUUGAUUACAGGGCCAACAAAACAAAUGGAUAAAGGAAGAGAAAUUAUGUGUAUUUUAGGCUGUGUGAUGUUUUUUUUUUUAACAUGAUGGUACUUUUAGGAGUAUUUUUUGGCCAUUUGUUGUGUCUGUCUCUUCAUUGAGAUAUAGGGCAUCUGUAAAGCGCCUGGUCAGCUCUCUCCUCCUGCUUUUGGGGCCCCUUAGCAGGGAUGGGCCCCGGUUGCACUAAAGGGGCCACAAGCCUCACAGCAUUUCAUUCCAGCUCAGGCUCUCAGUAGCAUAGAAUGCUCUAAUAUCCCUUGUCCAUCUUAUUUAAGUCAUUAGUUUUUUAAAGGGUACUUCUGAAUUUUGAAGGGCCAGGUCAGCUUCCAGGGACUGAAACUACUUACACUUGAUGGUUGGGUCAAUCAUCUAUGAAAUUUCAGUUUCUGCUGGCUCCUUUUAAAAUGUAAGCUCUACUGCAGGACCCAGUAUGCUGGCCGUUGGUAUUUACACAACAAGAAAUUUAAAAUAAUUUUUGAACAACAUGAGUGGGCCGUUUAGACUGUGCCAAUAAUUAGUUAAAUUUGUUAUAAUAAUUAAUAAGCCAAUCCCACCAAAGGGAUGCUAUCAAUCUCAUGUAACAGCUUUCCUAAUGUAUAUCUUGGUGUAUUUUACCACUAGUUGUGAAGGAGUCUUUGGAGAUUGCAGUGGUAAAGCAGUCAGUUGAGUUCCAGCCUCAGGAUAUUUUUUUUUCCUUGUUUGAUCUUGGUUUUGCUGUUCUGUUCAAGGGGUGUAAAGGAAGGUUUUCCCUUAUGAAAUAGAGUAGUGGGUGGUUUCAUAAUUUGCAUGACUAGACUUGAGUAUUGGGGACUUAAGAUGCCUCUUUUCCUUUUUUGUGCCCCUUGGUCUGCGGAGAGAAACUGCUUAUUGAGAUGGUAUGUGGGCAGUCAUGUGCUGCAGAGGACUUCAGUGUCAGAUCUCACCCAGGCAGAUGGGACGAGGAGCAGGGUGCCAAUGGAGCCAGUGAUGCUGUUUUGAUGAGCACAUACAGGGGCGGAUUAACUUAUCUGGGGGGCCUAGGCUGACAUCAGCAUGGACACUCAGGUGUUGCCAAUUUAACUAGUCGAUCCAUUUUGCCCGAUGUGGGGGGGGCCCUGGUGUUUGCCAGGGCCCUAUGCUGUAGCCUAGGAUUGCCUAUGCAUUAAUCCGCCCCUGAGCACAUAGUGCCUUGUCAGCUCCCGCCUGUCUCCCCUUUGCCGUCCCACCCUGGCAACCCCCAGCUUCUGUCCCCCUCGAUUCUCCCUCCUGUUUCCCCAGUCCAAAGUUCUGCUGUUUCCUGUCAUCUUGCUCACUCCACAUCUUCUUUAUCUGGAUGAGUUCAGAACUUUGCCCUUUCAACCUCUCUUUUAAAACAUUUUGUUUUGCUCGUAUAUUGAAAAGCUGUCCUUUUUAAAGCUAAAUUGAAAUGCGUAGGAACAAAUGAUAUACACAGAUAAAUUUAAGCGGGGGGAAAAAAGAGUUUUAAUACUAUAUGGAUUCCAAUACAUUUUUAAGAGUUUCAGACUUGAAGCAACUGUGACAGGUUGGCUGUUAAAUGCUCAUUGUGUAAAUAUUCUGCUAUUUCCUAUUUUGCUGGUUUAUUACUUGUAAAUAAAUGCGCAUCAAGGAGAGAUUAAAGUUUUUUUGCUAAAUA